GGAUAUACGGCGAGCCGCCUGCGGGCCGGGGGCGAGGCCGCCGCCUGGCCCGGGGGAAACGGCUGGGGCUGCGGUUAUUUUUGGCCUUUUGUGUGAGUGGCUUCAGAGAAUGCUCCAAGAAUAGGGAAUGAAGUGGAAGUCAACUGAAUUCUCUUGUGCACUACCAAGACGAAAUGACAUUCAUGUUUGUGGUGAAUGGAAGUCAUGGCAGCGUCUAACAUGGGAGGGAAAGACAUGAAUGGACAAUGUGGCGUGACUCGUUCAGAUUGCAGAUCUUCUGCCUGCUUAUGGCAGUACUGGCUAUUGUGGUGCUGGUCCACAAUUUUUUUCAGUUAGAGCACCUGGAUGAUGACACAGUUUCAGGAUCAAAUUGGAUAACAGAAAACAAUGUUCAGCAUUCUCUGUCACAGACAACCAAAACUACCAGGAAGCCUUACUGUGGUUAUAAGCAGCAGACUUUGUCCAAAAGAGAGCAAGCAGAACAGGAAUCGUUGCUUGCUGCAAUACAGUGGCCAAAACCCCCUGAUGGCAAAAUUGCCUUUGCACAAAGCACUGAUCCCGCACGUAGUGACUUUGAGAUUGUGAAACCCAGUGGGUUCUUCAAGGUGGGUGAUCAGUUAGAGGUACUUGUCCGUAUGAAUGAUUUCCAAGGAAAACCCAAGCAGUAUGGCGGAGACUAUCUACAAGCACGCAUUCACUCUCCUCUGCUGAAAGCUGGAGCAACGGGAAGGAUUGUAGAUUGCCAUAAUGGCCUUUACAAAGUCUUCUUUACCUUGCUUUGGCCAGGAGAGGUCAAAGUUUCUGUGUCACUUGUCCAUCCGAGUGAAGCAAUCCAAGUCCUCCUGCGUUUACGAGAAGAAAGGCCAGACAGGGUCUAUUUCAAAAGCUCAUUCAAGUCUGGGAGGUAUUCAGAAACUACUGAGUGCAAUGUUUGCUUGCCUGGAGAUCUGCCGGUCUGUAACUUCACAGAUCUCUACACGGGUGAGCCAUGGUUCUGUUAUAAGCCUCGAAAACUGUCCUGUGCCAGCCGAAUCAGCCAUGCCAAGGGAGGAUAUCAAAAAGGUCUUCUGACACAAGAGGAAAGCCUCUUUUUCCAAAGUGAUGUGAAUAUCAAAAGGCCGAUACUCUCCAGUGGACCUGAUUCAGUAAUUGUAAAGCCCAAGGCAUUUACAGAUUCAAGCAGUAUGGACAGAGCUGAAGGUCCCACGGUUUCCCCCUCUGGUUAUUACUACGAAGACCAGUGGAGGCCCAGAACGCACUGGAUCCAUCAUUUUAACAAGUCGGAUGAUAUAACCAAGUGCUUACAGGGGAAAGUAAUCCACUUGUUUGGAGACUCUACAAUAAGGCAGUGGUUUGAAUAUCUGACAGCGGUUGUUCCAGAUCUAGUGGAAUUUAACCUGGGGAGUCCCAAAAACGUGGGCCCUUUCAUGUCUGUGGACCUGAAGCACAAUAUCCUACUGAAGUUCCGCUGUCAUGGGCCACCCAUUCGCUUUUCAACAGUCUUCAGCAGUGAACUGCGCUACAUUGCCAAUGAACUGAACGGCAUAGUGGGUGGUAGAAACACAGUGAUAGCCAUAACUAUAUGGUCCCACUUCAGCACUUUCCCUGUGGAAGUGUAUAUCCGGCGGCUGAGGAACAUUCGGAGAUCAAUUAUUCAACUGCUGGAUCGCAGCCCCAAGACUUUAAUCAUCAUCAGAACCGCUAAUGUUCAGGAGCUUGGGCCAGAAGUGAGCCUCUUUAACAGUGACUGGUAUUCCUUUCAGCUUGAUUCUGUCAUGAGGAAAAUGUUCUCAGGAAUUGCUGUGCACUUUGUGGAUGCUUGGGAGAUGUCUCUGGCUCAUUACUUGCCACAUAACUUGCACCCAAAAGAAGUCAUUGUUAAGAAUCAAAUAGAUGCAUUUUUAUCUUAUGUGUGCCCUCUGCAAACUUAGCACAAGUGGGUAUCCCUACGUCAUCUUUUGCUAUAGCCGAAGUAAAGUUGCUCUUUGUUGGAGCUAUCGAGUUAAGCUGGAUGGUAUGGAAGAACUCUGGUUAUUGUACUUGCGUGCAGUAUAAGUGGGGCAGCCUUAACUGGGUAGCUGUGAAGGGUGGUAAAGAAGAAUUGACUGUUCAGGCCAUAUCUUCCUGCAAGGUUGAUUCCUUUCAACCUUGUCAUUCAUAUCUGAGAUUAUUAGAGAGCACCUUAAAUUAAAUUGACAAGAUUCAAUAAGAAAUUAUGUGGGUUAUUAGCUUUACUAGUUGUCUGCACUGUAUGCUUAAUUUAAUCCAUAUGACACUGAUUCUGCUGCCAGGGUCUUCCUGCUCAGAACUGUGUGUGAAACCUGGGAAAGGUUUUGGGAGCAGUCUUUCUCUCAACAUUCUAGAGUUUGAGGGACAUCCCUUCCAGUUGUAUGUCAGAGAAGCAGUGUCUGUUCUUGUUUCUAAGUCCUAAUUAGAAAUAUGAAGGAAGUGUACCAAAAUCACUAAUAUCAAUCAAGGAAGCACAAUCAAAAUAUCUAUAGUAUUAGGUCAUCAAGAAUUUGCUGAAAUUUAAUAGAGCACACUAGUUAGGCACCCUUGGUGUUUACAGAUGGCUGCUAAGUAAUGCAAAUAGCCAGUAUUUUAGUUUGGUUUCCUGUACUACUGAAUCUCUUCUGAGCUUUGAUACAAUGUCUACUUCUUCAUUUAUUUGUAAUGGAGAAAUGUGUAUACUAUGACCUCAGUGAAGGCACUGUCUCAGGCAGUUUCUGCAAGUUCAAGUUGCAGUCUUGCCUACUUGAAGCUUGAAGUGUUUACUAAUGAAAGUGUUUCCCUUCCCUAUAAGAUAAAUCUAUUCCGUUACGCUCCUGCAAAGCUGGGCUUCUGGUAAUUACUCUUGUACAUCAUUCCUACAUUGUGUCUGUAUGGAGAAGUAAAGUGACCUGAAUGCACUUGACAAUGUUUGGCAAUGGGUAACAGUAACUGGCACACACUAGUGUCAAGGCCAUGCAGUGAGGCCCCUUCUGUGUUUGGCAGUUUUAUCAUUUAUUCAUGAGCUUCACUGCUGCCAAUAUAAAAGGUCAAAAAAAUUGCACCCAAAAGCCAAACACACACAGGGUUGCCCUUCAUACAGAUGCUUGGUAAAUAUUUGCAGUUUUGCCAGCGUGCAAGCUGGUGGCUUUUGCGCCUCUUGGCAUGGUGUUUGCUGCUGCUAAUUUGAUUGAGCCUGUCUAUAGUUUUAACUAGGAGUGCUUUGAAAACAAAGUUUUGAUUAAAUUCAGCCCCCAAAUUAAACAGCAGAGAAGUGUUCCGUGUUGUCUUAUUUCUGGUCCCACUCAGGCCAAAGGUAGUCUUUACCAGUGGCUUUACUGAGAAAUGCGUCAAA